CGUUGCUCUCCUCUGGUGAUGUUGCUUCUUACAACAGUGUGACUGACAACAUGGCGACGGCUCUUCCUCUGCUGAGCAACAACGUCCAGACGGAUGUUUUCAGUUUCACGCUGCCGGUUCCUCAACCUCUGGAGGCUCAGUCCUACCAGGCACAGAGGAUGUUUCCGUGGAGGAGUUUCAUGGCCUGCCAUGGACGGCUGCCUCUGCAUGUUUGGGACGUUCCUCCUAUUGAACACUGCAUGCAGCUCUGUCUGAGUGGUUUAAAUGACGGCAGCCGGCUGCAGGCCAAGGCUGCGAUGCCCGGAGAGUCGCUGCUCAUGGAGGACGUCCUGAACAGUGGAGGAGAGGCCGAGCCUGUCCGUCUCCAUGGCAACAGAGAUGACCUCUGGCGUGAUGGGAAAACUGAAGAAGUAAAGAGGCUUCAAAACUGCACGGAAGCUGAAGAAGAAGAGAAGAAUUCAGAUUCCUCUCCUCCUCUUCAGGAUCCGAUCAGAGUCCAGUCUGUGCUGAAAGGUUUCCUGCUGCUGGCGAAGCAGCUGGAGGUCUUUAAGGAGAGCUGGGCCAGAAGACGUCUGGGCGCCGACAUGUUCAAGACUCCGGCAGCCUAUCGGCAGUUUGUGAAACUUUACAGAGCUGAAAUCUUUUACCCCAGCAUGAGAUCUUUGGCUCAACACGUGGGUAAAAAACACGACUAUGAGGUGUUGAUCUCCGGCUGUUGGUCUCUCCUGCCCCCUCCUGGAGCCUCGGAAGUCCAGGUGAAAGUCUGGCAGCUCCACCUGCUGAUGGAGAUCUCAGAGUGCGACAUGAUCCGAGCCGUGCAGAAGAAGAUCAGCAGAGAGAUGAUUCUGGUGCUUUCAGAGAAAACAAGACAAGAUGCUCGACUUCCUACAGAUCUGUGGAAGAAAACUCCUCUGAAGUACAGUUUUUCUCCUGAACGACCACAGAUGGUGGAAACUUUCAUCCAGCAGCUGAUGGACGGAGCUGAACAGACCGAGGGAGAGCUAAAGGUCUCUGAGGAUCAUCUUCAUCGGUGUCUGGUUCACCUCAGCUCCUCUGUGAUGGAUCGAGAACGUCGCUGCUUCCUGCUUUACUCUCAGUUUUAUGAACAAAUCCUACAGCAGCAGACUCAGCUUCUGUACCACACAGAGCAGGAUUUGAAGAGUUUUAAAGCCACUCAGACAAGGGAUUCUCACCAACAGGUUUCCCAGAGACUAUGGGUUGAGGAGGAAGUGGAAGUUUGUCGGCUUAGACCUGGUGUCAUUCCAUCAGUGUUUAACUUCCCGGCUCAUCUUUGAAGAGUACGUGCCAGAAAGACCACGACCAAGCAGCCUUGAGAUCAUAGGCAGCGUCUCCCUGAGGUCCCUCUCUAUCUCCCUACACAUCUACCAACCACUGGAACACAUCUCCAAAGUUCUGCCGGGCCAGCUCAGCUUCCCCUCAGAAGAAGUUCCGCCACCUGCCAGAUGAAGGAGCCUUUUGAGAGGCAGCUGGCAUCGUGAUUGGACUGUACUUUGGUCUGUUUCAAUCCAGCUUCAGCUCCAGAGACGGCAGGCGGGACGAGUCAACGGAGGCCGGGUGGACGAAGGCAUGCAGCUGAGUACAAUCCAGAAAACAACAGAGGAGGAGUGCAGCAGCCCAGGGCCAGAACAACCAGAGUAGCAUCACCAAAGAACUACAGACUCUUCACAACCUGCUCAAACUCUUGGUACAGGACCUCACCACACGGGUCAAGAAGGUUUCCGUCUCAUUUCUACUCUGAAGCUCACCUUCUCCUGCUCAAACUGCUGACAAAUGUUUCUGCUGCUCUAAAGUCUGGUCUCCAGAACUUCCUAAAAACUCUCAAAGUCUCUUCUGCUGCAGGUUGCUUUGUAGAACUGUUCCAGAAAACCUCACUAAACCACAUGGAGGGGCCUCAAGAUAGUCGUCCAAAUGAAAAUACAAAAACCAAACUAGCACAACCCAAACGCUAAAGUCUCCUGCAGCCUACCAGAGAACCUCUGAGAACAGAGAAUCAGGACAGGAACUCUUACCUUCUGGACAACCAACGUUGGUUCUCAAACAAGAAUACAGAAUGUGUCUGACCAAAAACCUCUAAAGACUCACUACAGCCAAGAUAAAGACACAACUCAGCUGCACCAAAUCCACUAAUCACUGCACACAUUAGCACCAUGUGCUAACUGUGGCUAAAGAACCACAUUUACCAAGACAACUAUCCAGUACAAAGCCCUAAAACACACCAAGAAACACAUUAAAGACGAUUUUACUGCUGGAAGCUGCAAGCCAACGCCUAAAGAACAAACUAAAGCAAUGGAGCCAAACCCGGUUCAGUGGUGAGAAGCAGAGGAAAUGUUUGUCUGCAGCUAAAUAAAGCAGGAAGACACUGAGCUGCUCAGGUGUUCCUGAUAACACCAAGCUGCUCAGGUGUUCCUGAUAACACCAAGCAGCCACCUGGACAGCCAAUAGGAACACAGCUUACUGGAAGUCCAGAGGGCUGGGUUAGUGAAGGAAAUUUAAUUUAAAGUUGAAGCAGAAAGUUAACAAAGAAAGUUGAAAACCACC